AUGAUGAUUGCGCAGAAGUUGGCACAACUGAAGGAGAGCACCAGCCGUUGGCGUUCUCAACAAUCAUGCGAAGUACUGGUACCAGAAACACAUGGGAUACUGAGUCAACGAAAAAGUGCCUUACUGGAAAAACAAGAUGUUAGUCAUCUCUGUACACUUAGUGUAAAAACUCAACUCGGAAAUUCACAUUAA